AUGGACAUCGGUCGUAAAACAGUGACGGGCAAUAUUUAUGAAAUUUUCAACAUUCAGCGGGUCCGAGUCCUGUGCCACGAGCGCGAGGCCUCCGACGCAGUUCAGCCAAAGCCAGUGUGCCAGCGACACGUCCGAUCGGUAGCCACGCUCACAAUGACGCUUUCUACAACCGUAGUCAGAGGAACGAGCAAACUCUUGUCGAAGGCAGCUAUCGCCCCAGCAUGCUUCACGGUGCAUCUUUCCACGCAGGCGGAUCAGUCCACGAAUUUGAAGGAAGUUCUUGCAAAGAAGAUACCUGCACAUAAUGCGAAAGUGAAGGAUUUCCGCAAGCAGCACGGCUCUACUGUUAUCCAGCAAAUUACUGUUGAUAUGAUUUACGGUGGAAUGCGUACUAUGAAGGGUAUGGUAACAGAAACCUCUGUACUGGACCCAGAAGAGGGUAUCAGGUUCCGUGGUUAUUCGAUUCCCGAAUGUCAGAAAUUGUUGCCAAAGGCGCCAGGAGGUAAUGAGCCGCUACCAGAGGGAAUUUGGUGGCUUUUGUGCACAGGAGAUAUUCCCAACGAUAAGCAGACGUCAGCCAUCACUAAGGAAUGGAACGCUCGAGCCGAUCUACCAGCACAUAUUGCUCGGAUGCUUGAUAACUUCCCCGAUAAUCUCCAUCCUAUGGCUCAAUUUGUUGCUGCUAUCGCUGCUCUCAAUAACGAGAGCAAGUUCGCUGCAGCUUACUCCCGCGGUGUUCCCAAGUCUAGCUAUUGGGAGUACGCCUAUGAGGAUUCCAUGGACCUUCUUGCCAAAUUGCCAACGGUAGCUGCUAUAAUUUACCGCAACCUCUACCGCGACGGAUCUGCAGUAGGUGUCAUUGAUCCAAAGAAGGACUGGGCCGGCAACUUCUGCUCAAUGCUUGGGUACGAUGACCCUCUAUUCUCGGAGCUCAUGCGUUUGUACCUCGUCAUCCACUCCGAUCACGAAGGUGGAAAUGUGUCUGCUCACACCUCACAUCUUGUUGGAUCAGCCUUGUCUGAUCCAUACCUUUCUUUCGCUGCUGCCAUGGCAGGACUUGCUGGACCACUGCAUGGGCUUGCAAACCAAGAGGUUCUUGUCUUCCUAAACAAAAUCGUACAAGAAAUUGGAUUCAAUUACACUGAAGAGCAAUUAAAAGAAUGGGUAUGGAAGCACUUGAAGAGUGGACAGGUUGUUCCCGGAUAUGGUCAUGCUGUGCUAAGGAAGACUGAUCCACGAUACGAAUGCCAACGACAGUUUGCUCUAAAGCAUUUGCCAAAGGAUGACUUGUUCAAAUUGGUGUCGGCCCUGUAUAAGGUUACUCCAGACAUUCUCCUCGCUCAGGGCAAGGCAAAGAAUCCAUGGCCGAAUGUUGAUGCUCAUUCUGGUGUGUUGCUGCAGUACUUCGGCAUGACAGAGAUGUCAUACUACACUGUGCUCUUCGGAGUUUCGCGUGCUCUCGGAUGUCUUUCUCAGCUUAUCUGGUCUCGCGGUAUGGGCCUGCCACUUGAGCGCCCCAAGUCACACUCCACUGACGGAAUUAUGAAGCUUGCUGCUGCAGCGAAAAAAUAAGCAAUUUGAUGACAGUAGCUAUAGCAAUAGACGUACUAUGAUGACACAUGAGUAUGACUCUUCAUAAAUUAUUUUUACAGGUUUGAGUUGUUUUUUUUUUGUUAAGUAUGCAACGAUAGUGUCGUCGUAAUAUGAGAUGAUGAUAAUAAAGACUUUAUGAGGAAGGU